AACAACCACGAUGUGACGUGAUGCGGCUGGUCGUGUCCGCGCAGUGGGGCAUCGCGCGCAGCGUUUGCAAUGUCUCCAUUCCAGAGCCGCGGGUGUGGCUCCUGGCUUAAAUAGCGAUGGUGCUCCUGAUGACCCCUGAGAGUAACUUGCACCCUCUCGAAGUACUAUCAUUCGACAUUUCACCAUCUUACAGUUGCAUAGUUCGUCAUGAAUGUGUAUGCAAUCGGUGCCUCGCAGAAUGUCGGAUGUUACACCGCCGUUCGGCUCUUGGAGAGAGGGGCAACGGUAACAUUCCUUCUUCGGAGGCAUACAGUUUUUGAAGGAAACGAUACUAUGCAACACUUUAUACACUCAGGAAACGCUCGGCUCGUGCAGGGCGAUGCACUGAAGCUUGAGGACGUAGCACACGGUUGGGCAGAAUCCCAAGCCGCGAGCCCGGUAGGUGACGUGGACGUCGUCUUGUUCUCAGUUGGCGGCGCUCUGCAGAUCGACUGGCUCAGGGGCGGCAAGAUUCACCCGCAGAACCUCUGCUCCGCCUCGCUGCUCAACGUUCUGCGCACGCUCCCUUCGGCGCUGCGGGACCCCGCGCGGCAGCCGCGCUUCAUCGUAGUAAGCACGACGGGUGCGACGCGCUCCUCGCACGACCGGCUCCCGUUCGUGAUGCGCGUCUUCUACUGGUGGCUCCUCACCCAGCCGCACGUCGAUAAGUUCGCGCUCGAGCGUGUCCUCGCAUGGGCCGACGGCACGCACUGGGACGAUGACGGAUACCAUCCGGACAUCCUCCCUGUCGACUGGCAGCACGCUGAGGGCAUGCCAGAGCAAGGUUCCCUGAGGCGCGUGCUCGUCGUCCGCCCAGCGUUCUUGACGAACGGCCCCGCGAAGGGUGACACGCAGGGUCAGAGCCCGCUGUAUCAUAUCUGCGAGGACGACAAGGGUUCGGAGGGGUAUACGAUCUCGCGGCGUGACGUCGCACAUUUUAUCGUUGAGAAAGCGCUGGCGGAUUGGGAGAGGAAGAGGGUAAGCUUGGCUUAUUGAUCAGCUAGACCGUUAAAGUACGAUUUGUACUGUACCGCACAUCGCCCAGCAUAAUAUCAUGCAGCGCUGAUCUGUAUUGCUUCAUCUGUUAAACAAACGCGAUAACUCCCUGCUUUACAGCACUCCCUACAUUAAUUGCAUCCACGACCACGCGCAAUUAGCGCUAAAUCCUCUCGCAAGGUGUGCUGGUCAGUUCAAACACAGAAAAGACAACCAGGGCAAAUUACUCACAUCCUGCGUUCGACAAUUUAGUAGACACAUGGUAUUAUGCGGCAGGGCGUGCGCUUCGCCCAUGCAAACCACUCAUCCCCGAACUCAUUCAUGAGCGCCGAAUCUUCACUUGGCAUUCGCUGGAUAAACAUCAGAGAGAUGUGCGCCAUAAGCGCGAAUUGAGCCGCGCCCACAACAAAGCCGAGCGCAGUCCUCCAGAGCCCAAGUUCAGCGUAGAGCGAGCCAGGACCGAGCUGGCUGACCGCGACGCCGACCAUGUAGAUCCAGUAUCCGGUAUAGCCGGGAUGCCGGACAACGGAAUAUGGUCCGCUUGUCACGAGCUUGUGAUUCUUUCGGAUGGAAAUCUGGAAGGUGAAGUGGCGGCCGAGGUACUUGUAGCAGGUAGCUCGGACGAGGGCGCCAACAAUCAUCAUGAGCGUACCGAGCGCAAACGCGAAAGGCACGGGAAGCGGGUCGGCGGUCACGGACAGCCAGUCGCAAACUGGGUAUUGAUAAGCGACGAGCACCCCUGCAGCGGACAAGACGGCAAGGAAAUCGACCGCAUUGAUUGCAUAUGUAAUGAACUGCAGAG